UUAUUGAUUUAUAAGAGCCUAAAGACCACAGCUAGCUAGAGCCUUGUUGUCUUCAGCUGUAAAACUCAAAGACGACAAAGAGUUUGACAAACCUCUGAUUCAGUCAGAAGGUUUUGUAAGGAAAAAUGGUGAACUCUCGUAUAAUCUACGUCGUCGUUACGAUUCUCUUGAUCGUGACCGUGGCCGUUGAAGCAGGUGGAUACGAAGACUCUUUGGGGUUCGUGGUGCGAACCGGAACCUCUUCUGAAUGCAAAGGAUCAAUCGCGGACUGUAUAGCCGAAGAUGAAGAGUUCGAAUUCGAUUCUGAGAUCAGCAGGCGCAUUUUAGCUUCCAAGAAGUACGUAAGCUACGGUGCAAUGAGGAAGAACAAUGUUCCUUGUUCUCGACGCGGUGCGUCUUACUACAACUGUAAACGCGGCGCUCAGGCUAACCCUUACAGCCGCGGAUGCAGCAAAAUCACGAGGUGCAGACGUUAAAUUGGAAUUUACUGUUUUACCUUUCUCG